UUUUCAAAGACAAUCCAGUCAAUUCAAACCCUUUGCAAGAAUUUAUUGAAAAAUUUUCCGAAUACACAGAAAUAAACGGAUUGGAUAUAGCUAUAAAGAAAUGUAAUAUAUUACAUCUAGGCACUAAAAAUCCUCGCACCAUUUAUACAAUAGAAGAUACACACAUAACAGAAAUUGGUAGAAAUCAAACUGUAAGGGAUUUGGGUAUUUUCUUUGACCAUGAGUUAAAAUUCCAUAAUCAUAUCGACAUUAUUUGUAAUAAAGCUAGGAGAAUUAGUUAUACAAUUCUUAGGUCCUUAAAAUCUAAUGAUGAAAGAUUCUUAAUUAAUAUGUUCACCACAUAUGUAAGAAGUAUAUUGGAAUUUAGUUCUCCUGUCUGGAAUCCUUACUAUAAAAAAUACAUUAACAAAAUAGAAAAGAUUCAAAAAGAUUUCGUAAGGAUGGUAUAUAACCGCAAGCAUAAUAUAAAACUUAAUGAACAAAUCCCUAACUACUCUGAACUCCUCAGAUUAUAUCAUAUAGAUUCUUUAGAGAAUAGAAGAAUUAUAACAGAUCUUAAAAUCUUUCACAAGCAUUGCAUAGGAUUAAGCCCAAUAAAUAUAAAUAACCCCUAUUUCAUCAUUCCAUCUAAAACAAGGGGGGACGAAAACAAAAUAUCACAUAAAGCAUGCACCUCAAUUACUAGACAUAAUUCAUUUUUUGUAAGGACUAUAAGGUAUUAUAAUAAACUACCAGCAUACUUUAGAAAAUUAGAUUACAAAAAUUUCGCAAAAAACAUAACACAUAUUAAUUUUUCCCGCAAUUCGGAGGCUGAAUUAAGUUAA